AUGAUCCAUCUCAUGGAGUCAUCGUGGGACUAUCUUCCAGUUGAUCACAUUAGAACUCCUGCAUUCAACUCUGGAGUUGUUUCUGAAGCUAGCAAUGGUGGCAACGACUUCUCAGUAUCAUUGGAUGCUGUCGUUCCUGAUGAUAUCCUGGAGAGGAUUUUCACAUUCUUGCCUAUAGCAAGCAUGAUGAGGGCAACAUCAGUGUGCAAGAGAUGGCAUGGCAUUAUCUAUUCAAGCAGAUUUGUGUGGACCCACAUGCUGCCUCAACGUCCAUGGUACUUCAUGUUCACCUCUAAUGAAACUGCUGCUGGUUAUGCUUUUGACCCCAUCCUCCGCAAGUGGUAUGAUUUAGAGCUUCCUUAUAUUGACAAGAGCAGCUGUUUUGUCUCUUCUUCUUGUGGCCUAGUUUGCUUCAUGGACAAUGACAACAGGAACACCAUAUCUGUGUCUAACCCUAUAACAAAAAGCUGCAGGAGGCUUUUAGAGCCUCCGGGUGAAACAUUGCCAGACUACAGUACCAUUGCCAUGAAGGUGGAUCGGUUGUCUCAUAAGUACUCCGUUACAUUGGCAAAAUCUAAGCAGAUUCCUGAAGAUUUUGUCCGAUGGGAGUUUUCAGUAUACAAGUACGACUCUUCGAGUGGUACAUGGGUAACUUCUGUGAGUGAAGUGUUCAUUGGUUGGAGAGGAGGUGAUGAUAGUGUCAUAUGUGAAGGUGUCCUGUACUGCUUGAUUCAUUCCACUGGUGUUCUUGGCAAUGUCAACCCCCGUCAUGGCCUUAUCAUGUAUGACCUUGCUGGUGAACCAUCUGAGACUUCGUUAAUGCAAACGUCAAUCUCAGUACCUUGUUCUCUCACAUGUGGCCGUUUGGUAAACUUAAAUGAGAAGCUGGUUUUGGUUGGUGGAAUUGCAAAACACAAUAGACCUGAUAUCAUUAAAGGAAUAGGAAUAUGGGAGCUCCAUGAGAAACAGUGGCAUGAGGUAGCUCGGAUGCCCCACAAGUUCUUCCAAGGAUUUGGUGAACUCGAUGAUGUUUUUGCCUGCAGCGGUAUAGAUGACCUUGUCUACAUACAAAGCUAUGGUGCAACUGCUUUGCUUGUUUUUGACAUGAUGCAAAAGCAAUGGAGGUGGUCCGUGAAAUGCCCUGUGAGCAAAAGAUUUCCUCUCCAGCUUUUCACUGGGUUUUGCUUUGAACCCCGGCUUGAUAUCGCAGCUUAA